UCUUAAAGUGAUACAAUAAAUUGUUAAUUAAAUAUUAAUACAAUGUCUGGCAACGAUGUUUCGGUGACUGAAACAGCACAAAGCGAUCAGUAUCCUAUGCCAACCAUUGCCACCGCCACUGCUGCUGCACAUCAUGAAUAUUAUCGUUACCGUAAGCAACAGCAGCAGCAGCAACAAAGCUGUUUGCGAGAGCCAAGACAAUUGCAACAGGAACAUCAACUGGCCAACAGAUCCGGCGAAUUUGAUGAGUUGCAUCAUUGGCCAAGCACUCAACAUGGAAGUUCAACAGGAGGUGAGGGAGGCGUUGGCUCAAGUGGUAGUGGGGGAGGAGGGAAAAUCUAUAUAACACCCGCAGAUAUCCCGCCGCCUCCGCAUCCCCCGAACACGCCACAUUUGCAACACAAUGGCAACAGGAGCAGGCAUCCACAUCCACAUAUCCAGCAUCAUCGCACACCACCGCAUCGCUGUAAAUGUGAUCAUCCUAUUGAGCUGUUGGGCUAUGAAGGCGCUGCCAUUCUUCGCCAUCAACAUCCACCCUAUUACUUUAAAGCAUCCGCCACUUCAUCAUCGCGGCAUCCCAGUACCAAACUUCCUGAAGCUAUUAUGGGAGGCGGCUGCCUGGACAAUGAGGACUUGACCAGUGCGGGUAGCUUUGGCGAUGGCAUGUCAAGAUUUAAGAAUUUGGUCCACUCCAAUGAGAAGAAGCGCCGUAUGCGCAUUAUCAUAAGUGUUAUAGCGGCUGUUCUAGUUGUAGCUAUCAUAGCCACGACCCUGGUACUCACGCUUGGUUCCGAUAAUGCUGACGACAAUGGGAACAACAAUGGAUCAAACGAUAAUGCCAUCGAUUUGGAGGAUGUGCUAACUAACCAAUUUUAUGCUAAGCGCUUUAAUGGAAGCUGGAGUAAUGGCGAUAAUGUGAUAUACAAGGAAAAUGGGUCAAUAAUGGAGUAUGAUGUCAGGACAAAAUUGCGUAAAAUUUUGCUGGAAGACGCCGCUCAAUAUGUGCUUUAUGAGAAAUCUGCCGAUGGUCAAUUUUUACUUUUGGCCAAAAACUAUAAGAAAAAUUUUAGAUACAGUUUCCUUGCCGAAUAUGAUAUUUGUAAUAUCAGCUCAAAGGCUAUAUCUUCAUUAAAUAUUCAAGAUGAGCAACGGUAUUUAAGUAUGGUUCAAUGGUCUCCUGUGGGCAAUGCACUGGUCAUCAAUUAUGAUCGCAAUUUAUAUUACAAGCAGAAUGCUCUGGACACAGAAAUUGCCCUUACCAAUGAUUCAGAAGGGGCCAUACUUAAUGGUAUACCCGAUUGGGUGUACGAAGAGGAGGUUUUUAGUUCCAAUGUAGCCACGUGGUUCAACCCUUCGGGCACUCAACUAGCUUUCAUUCGAUUUGAUGAUUCCUCUACACACCUAAUAAACUUUCCCUACUACGGCGAUGCUGGCGAUUUGCGCUAUCAAUAUCCCCUGCAUCAAGUGAUUGCCUACCCUAAGGCAGGGUCCUCAAAUCCUGGUGUUCAGCUCGUUAUGGUCAAUCUAACACGUGCUGUCGCUGGCAAUGAACUGCCAACGAUAAUGCCAGUGCCUUCGGCUCUAAAUACAGUUACCGAUUAUAUAGUCACAGUGGUUAAUUGGGUGGAUGAUGCUCAUGUGCUCUCUGUUUGGAUGAAUCGUAUACAAAAUGCGGCAUACAUUGUAACAUUUGAUGGACUUACUCGAAAGGAGAUCUACAGCACCGAGUCAAAAACCGGUUGGGUGGAUCUAUACACUGCCCCUUUCAAGAACCGCAAUGCUACCCGUUUGGCCUUUGUCCUACCUCACAAUAAUUACAAACACCUCCAGUUACUUAAUGCCAAUGUUAGCAGUGCUGAACUUCAGCAAUUGGAACCUCUUACAGAUGGAAAAUAUGUGGUAGACAGUAUACUCUAUUGGGAUGGCGCAACCGACAUAAUCUUCUAUACAGCAAACACUGAAGAGCAUCCCGAACAAUUGCAUCUCUAUGCAAUUGAAGUAACAAGCAGUACAAGAAAGCAAGCCCCUAAGUGUUUGACCUGCAAACUAAUACACUCGGGUGACGUGGAACAAUCCUAUUACUCAGCUAUAUUCAAUGACAAUAAUGAAAUAGUAAUUACAUCAUUGGGGCCCGGAAUACCCACAACAGCUAUUUAUGAAUGGAAACUAUCAGACGCCGGAGUUGUUUUGAGCAAACUUCUCGAUUGGGAAACUAAUGAGGUUCUGCGCUCCAAGCUUCAAGGCGUGGCUUUGCCCACACAUGAGGUUCUAACAUUUAACAUAGACAAUGGGUUUCAGGCGAAAGUCUUACUUCAGCUGCCCCCCAACAUCGAUAAGAGCGGUAACACUAAAUAUCCCCUGUUGGUUGAUGUUUACGGAGGACCCGAUUCUUAUUCCGUUACCAACAAAUGGAUUCUUGACUGGGGCACCUAUUUAAGCUCCAACCAGUCGGUGAUUUACGCUAAGAUCGAUGGACGCGGUUCAGGUCUGCGAGGUGAAAAUCUAUUACAUGCCAUAUAUUUACAGUUAGGCACAGUUGAGAUCAGUGAUCAGAUUAGUGUGACCCAAAAUAUAACUAACCUUAAUUAUGUUGACGAAAAACAUGUCGGAAUUUGGGGAUGGUCUUAUGGUGGAUACGCCGCUGCCAUGGCUUUAACCAACGAUAACUACGAGGUGUUCAAGUGUGCUGCCUCUAUUGCUCCCGUCACAGAUUGGGCUUACUAUGAUUCCAUAUAUACCGAGCGUUAUAUGGGACUACCCACCAUCAACGAGAUUGGCUAUGCUAAUUCCAGAUUGAGCACACGUGCUCAAAAGCUGCGUGGCAAAAAAUUCCUGCUAGUCCAUGGAACCUUAGACGAUAAUGUACAUUACCAACAGGCAAUGAUUUUGGCUAAGAAUCUGGAACGUCAUGAUAUUCUAUUUAAACAAAUUAGCUAUGCCGACGAAGACCACGGAUUGGCCAAUGUACGUCCGCAUUUAUAUCACUCGCUGGAUCGUUUCUUUGGAGAAUGUUUUGCUAGCAAUCGCCUAAUGAAGAGUGCCAAAUAAGCGGAAACAGUUAUUCAAAGUUAUACCAAUAAAAGUAGUUUAAAAAGAAAACAAAACAUGUAUACAUACAUAUACAUAUA